AUGGCUACGAAAAGAAAGCUCGGAGCGAUUAUUGAUGCUCAAGAUGACGACCCCGUUGAUCCAUCAGACGAGCUUGUCUUCACGGGAUUGGGAGGAUGUCAAGAAGUUGGACGAUCGUGUCAUAUUCUACAAUACAAGGGCAAGACCGUCAUGCUCGACGCGGGUAUGCAUACAGGUCGCGAAGGAAUGUCAGCCAUGCCCUAUUUUGACGACUUCGACCUGAGCACAGUCGAUAUCCUUCUAAUCAGCCACUUCCACCUCGACCACGCGGCCGCUCUUCCUUAUGUCCUUGCCAAAACCGACUUUAAGGGUCGUGUGUUUAUGACCCAUCCAACGAAAGCAAUCUACAAAUGGCUCAUCCAAGACUCUGUCCGAGUCAGCAACACCACUUCGACAUCCGACCAAAGAACCUCACUCUAUACCGAAGCUGACCACAUCUCGACGCUCCCACAGAUCGAGACGAUAGACUUUUACACCACGCAUACAGUCUCGGGGGUCAGGAUAACACCGUACCCGGCUGGCCAUGUCCUGGGUGCGGCCAUGUUCCUCAUCAACAUAGCCGGACUAAAUAUUUUCUUCACCGGAGACUAUUCUCGAGAACAAGAUCGUCAUCUGGUAGCGGCCGAGGUGCCAAACGUCGCAAGUGUUGGAAGGAUUGAUGUCCUCAUAACAGAGUCGACUUUCGGCAUCUCGAACGCCCCACCCCGGGCAGAGAGAGAAGCUGGACUUCUCAAGGCGGUGUCUGGCAUCCUGAAUCGCGGUGGCAAAGUCUUGAUGCCGGUGUUCGCGCUGGGGCGAGCUCAGGAACUGCUUCUUAUCCUCGAGGAUUACUGGCAGCGACAUCCGGAGCUGCAAAAGAUUCCAAUAUACUACACCGGGACCACCGCCCGUAAAUGCAUGGUUGUAUACCAGACGUAUAUCAAUGCAAUGAACGACAACAUCAAACGCAUAUUCCGAGAAAGAAUGGCCGAGGCUGAGGCGGCAGGCAACGCCAAAGGCGUCAGUGCUGGGCCUUGGGACUUCCGCUUUGUACGCAGUUUGCGAAAUCUGGAUCGCUUCGACGAUGUCGGCGGGUGUGUGAUGUUGGCUUCGCCUGGUAUGAUGCAAUCGGGCAUGUCUCGCACGUUGCUUGAAAGAUGGGCUCCAGAUCAACGCAAUGGAGUUGUCAUGACCGGCUACAACGUGGAAGGGACAAUGGCCAGAACCAUAUUGUCAGAGCCUGACAUGAUCCCAGCCAUCAUGAGCGGUUCGAACAAUAGUCAGGCGGUAGGCCGCAGACACAGAGACGACGACGCCGCUGUGAUGAUACCUCGUCGCUGUACUGUCGAGGAGUUCCAAUUCGCAGCCCACGUUACCGGGGUGGAGAAUGUAGACUUCAUUGAGCAAGUUGCAGCACCCCAUAUCAUCCUGGUCCAUGGAGAACGCUCUCAAGCCGCACGACUCAGAUCCAGACUUCUAGACCUGAACUCUAGGAGACUCGCAAGCAACCCCAGUGCGCACCAAACAAAAGUUUACAGCCCCGAAAACGGGGCGGAGAUCAAAAUUCCCUUCAAGAAGGACAAAGUCGCCAAAGUCGUCGGCAAGCUAGCCCAAGUACCUCCGCCAUCAUCAACCGACAUCGAUGAAUCCAGAGUGGUCAGUGGGGUGUUGGUACAAAACGGCUUCAAGCUCAGCCUCAUGGCGCCAGAAGACUUACGAGAAUAUGCCGGUUUGACAACGACAACUAUUCUAUGCCGGCAACAUAUUACGCUGGUUGCAGCCGGCAUUGACCUCAUCAAAUGGGCCCUGGAAGGCACAUUCGGCAGCAUUGAAGAAGUCGGCCACAUCAAGCCGGAGACCAAUGGCCACGUCAAAACGGAGUCGGCCCAGAGCAAUGGGACAAAUGGCUCUGAGCGGGAAGAAGAAGCCGAUGAAGAAAUUAUUGCAGAACCACCACGAACGCUUCUCAUCAUGGGCUGCGUGGCUUUGAAGUGGUCAGGCAGACAAAAGCAGGUCGAGCUUGAAUGGGAAGGAAACACGAUGAACGACGGUAUAGCAGACGCUGUCAUGGCUGUCCUCAUGACAGUGGAAAGCAGUCCCGCAGCUGUCAAAUACUCAUCAAGCAAAUCAGCACAUCACCAUCACGGCCGCGAGCAUAAGACACCAAAGAACGAGCACACGAAUCUUUCGCCCGAAGAUCGGUUUUCGAGGCUGUGCAUGUUCCUUGAGGAGCAAUUCGGUGACAACAUCGCCCCAAUCGAGCAGCCGCGUAUUUCGUACGGACCCGAGCGAAAGGUCCCCACGAGAGGUGACGAGGAGACCAAGCAGGAGGCCGAUAUGUCCGAAGAUGAGUCGGAAGAAGAAGUCGACAUGGAAAGCGCAGCCGCUGCUGAACGCGCCAGGCUGGCAGCCUUGGGGAUCCCUGUUCCAGGGUUGGAAAUCCGCUUCGACAAGCAUGCUGCCAAGCUAUGGCUCGAGACGCUUGAUGUUGAAUGCGCCAAUACCGUCUUGAGGGAUCGAAUCAAGGCUGUUGUUGAGCGCGCCGUUGAAACCAUUGCACCCCUCUGGACGGUUCGAGAGCAGUAG